CGUGAGGAAAACUACGCUUUAACUUGAGCAUUCUUCCUCGGCGCAUGCGUGUACCGGCGUGUUGCUGUGUGGGGUGUCAUGGCCGCGCUCAGAGACAGUCUGAUCCGCCUGCGGCUGCUCUUCGAUUACCCCCCUCCAGCCGUGGCGGGGUGCCGCAUGUGCUGGCUGCUCGUGGACCUGAACGCGUGCCGCGUGGUGGCGGACCUGGAGGGUCUGAUCCGGGACAAGUUCGAGUUCAGCCGCGGCAGCAUCCUCAGCCUGUUCGUGGAGGACUGCUACCUCCCGCACACGGAGAGCAUCCUCGUCGUACGCGACAACGACAGCGUCAGGGUGAAGGUGGACUGUGCGGCUCCGGUGAACGGCUGCAGCAGCUGCGCAGAUCCAGACAGAGUCAAAAGCAGAAAGAGACAGAGGGACGGGGGAGAGGAGGGGAUGCAGGUAGAAGACAAGAAGAAGAAGAAGAAAAAGAAACAUGAGGAGAACGAGGUCGGUAGAAGCAAGCAGGAGACCGCCAUCAGGACGGAAACGCCGGCAGGGAUGAGCAGGAAGAAGAAAAAGAGAAAGAAGGCAGAGACAAGUAACACUCCUGCCCCAAAACCUGCUGCCCCCCCCAGAAAAAUUCCGGCCAGUGCCCCCACACCAGCAGAAAACAAGAAGAAGACGGCACCAGUCCCUCAAGCCAAAACCCAGAGUUCCUCCUCCUCAGACUCCAGCAGCCAGGAGACCGACAGCCGCAAAAGAACUGCUGCCAGGACGGCGCCCCCUAACCCUGCUGCUGCCAGGACGGCACCCCCUAACCCUGCUGCUGCCAGGACGGCGCCCCCUAACCCUGCUGCUGCCAGGAUGGCGCCCCCCACCCCUGCUGCUGCCAAGACGCCCCCAAACACCAAGCCCCCCCAGAAAAACACACAACCUUCCUCUUCUUCGUCCUCAGAAACAGACUCUGAUGACAGCACCCCCAAGUCCAAACGUCCUGGAGCUCCCUCAGUGAUGAAGCAGACAGACGCCCCCCCUCAGGACAAAGGGGCGGAGCCUGCGGACGCUGGCAGUGAAGAAGAGAUCCAGCUGGUCAUCCGACGGCCACAGCUACCCAACAGACAUGCAGACGGCCUCUGGUCAGGGCGAGGCCGCGGCAGGGGGGGGCGUGGAGGUGCAGGGCAAGCGGCAGGGUGGGGCUUCAGGGGGCAGGACAGCAACGAGGGGCCCUCCCCCCAGACCAAUUCCCCAACCGACAUGCCGGCGCUCCUCCAGAACGGAGCAGGAGAUGCCCCCAGACAGGACUACAGCUCCAUGCCCCUGCUGGCCGCUCCUGCACAGGUGGGGCAGAGGAUCGCUUUCAAGCUGCUGGAGCUGACGGAGAACUACACGCCUGAAGUGUCCGAGUAUAAGGAGGCGAAGAUUGUGAGCUUUGACCCGACCACCAAACAGAUCGAGCUUGAACUUCUUCACGCCUCUAAAGCGCCUGUUGAACCGGGAAAGUUUGACCUGGUUUAUCUGAAUCCAGACGGCUCAGAAAGAGUGGAGUACGCCGUCUCCAGAGGGUCAAAGGUGACGGAGCGCUGGGAGUCUCUGCUGGAACCGAGGCUCAUCCUCUGAGUGUGACGCUUACACCCCUGCUUUGGCACAGAAAGGGUUUGGCUUUGACCAAAGCCACAAACGUCCAGAUGAAACUGAGGUCUGGAGCAUACUGGUUUGACGUUUUGUACAGUUGUGUGAUCAUUACGGACCUGCUAAUAAACGUUUUUUUUAAGAAAUGA